UUUGUUUCUUUUUUUUGUGCGUGUGACAUGUUGUUGAGUUUAUUUGUGGUCAACAAAGCUGGCGGUCUCAUUUAUCAACAAAACUUUUCAGACACUGCAGCAAAACUAUCUUCCAAUGAUUAUCUCCGAUUAGCUUCUACAUUUCAUAGUAUACAAGCUAUUUCUAGGCAACUUUCUCCCGCACACUCUCGUUUUGGGUUUGGAAUUGAAAGAAUAGAAACGGAUACUUUUGUUUUACAAGCCUUUCAAUCACAAACAGGAGUGAAGUUUGUUGCAACAGCGUCACCGGAAACGAAGAACUUGAAGAACUUUUUGAGACGUGUAUAUGAUUUGUAUGCAGACUAUGUUUUGAAAAACCCGUUUUAUGAACUGGAUAUGCCGAUUCGUUGUGAAUUAUGGGAAGUUAUGUUGCAACUUGCAGUUGAGGAACACCAACGUUCCAAUUCUUGAGUCAAGUUUGUCUCCGCAAAUUUUUUAUGUUGAAAGAGUAGGACAAGGAUUGAAAAUAACACAAGUUUUGAACAUAUUAAGGCUAUGAGCUGAUUUAAGAGAUAUAAAAAAGUGAGUAAAAAA